AACGUAAAGAAAUCAGAACAAAACUCUUUCAUAUACUGAAAGACCAAUAGUCUCAAAAGAUGUUUUCGCGCACUGCAAUAUUUGUUAUUCUAUUUUUAAGUUUUAUAUUGCAAGUUUAUUGUGGAAGUUACUGGGGGAAACUGAAGAGAAAGCGGUUAAAGGGCAACAGAUUCAUGGAGUACUGCGAGACCAGAGAAGGAAUGAUGCUUUUCAAGGGAUCAACUGUCAAGUUUAAAAACUGCUACGUCUGCACCUGUACCAAAAAAGGUCUCGAUUGUAAAACAUCAUAUGGGGUGUCUCUGUUCGGAUACUCCAAUUGUAAAACGGUCAUUGAUGACUGUAAAACCUUACUGGUGGAUAGAACAAACGAGUAUCGAAGAUGCUAUUCUGGAUUACCUACCAAUCAAAAAGUUCCGAAAGAAGGUUAUGAAGAGGUCGCGGUACAUGGAUUUUUCUUCGGAUAAUAUUAUUUUUGGAUACCAGACGAGAUAACUAUUUAAAAAGACCAUCUUAUAUUAUGUAUAUAACACAUCUGAAUGAAGAUGCAUAAUUUAUAAUAUACAGUUAAACAUAUGUUAUAAGAUGAUGAGAUAUGUAAUGGUAAAACACCUGGAUAUGAAAAUAAAAUGGUCGUACUGAA